ACCUUUAGCCAUUUCCACACCGUUCCCUUCGAUUCCCUUAAUCUUCUUGAAAGGAAACACUAUGAAUCAAAAAGAAAGAGAAAAAUAUGUCGAAGAAUUUAGUUUUCCAUUUUGUGAAGAGUCCAGUAAAUAUGAAAAAGUUGCCAAAAUUGGCCAAGGUACAUUUGGUGAGGUAUUCAAAGCAAAGGACAAGAAAACGAAUAAGAAGUAUGUGGCUAUGAAAAAAGUAUUGAUGGAAAAUGAAAAAGAAGGUUUUCCUAUAACAGCAUUGAGAGAAAUCAGAAUACUUCAACUACUCAAGCACGAAAAUGUAGUCAAUUUAAUAGAAAUCUGCAGAACAAAAGCGACUCAAUUUAAUCGCUAUCGCUCAACUUUUUAUUUGGUUUUCGAUUUUUGCGAGCAUGAUCUCGCUGGUUUACUUUCGAAUGUCAACGUCAAAUUUAGUUUAGGAGAGAUUAAAAAAGUUAUGCAACAACUUUUAAAUGGACUAUAUUAUAUUCAUAGUAAUAAAAUUUUGCAUCGAGACAUGAAGGCUGCUAAUGUUUUAAUAACAAAAAAUGGUGUUUUGAAACUUGCUGAUUUUGGACUUGCGCGUGCAUUUAGUGCAAAUAAAAAUGGUCAAGCGAAUCGUUAUACAAAUCGAGUUGUUACCUUGUGGUAUAGACCACCAGAAUUAUUAUUAGGUGAUCGGAAUUAUGGACCACCUGUAGAUUUAUGGGGUGCUGGUUGUAUAAUGGCUGAAAUGUGGACGAGAUCACCAAUAAUGCAGGGUAACACGGAACAACAACAACUAACUUUAAUAUCACAAUUAUGUGGCUCGAUCGUUCCCGAUGUUUGGCCUGGUGUUGAAGCUUUAGAAUUAUUCAAUAAAAUGGAAUUGAUCAAAGGACAAAAAAGAAAAGUGAAAGAAAGACUGAAGCCAUAUGUAAAAGAUGCUUUUGCUUGUGAUUUACUUGACAAACUAUUAAUAUUAGAUCCUAGCAAAAGAUAUGAUUCGGAUACUGCCUUAAAUCAUGAUUUUUUCUGGACCGAUCCAAUGCCUUGUGAUUUAAGUAAAAUGUUGGCUCAACAUACGCAAAGUAUGUUUGAAUAUUUAGCACCACCAAGAAGACAGGGACAUUUGAGACAUCCACAUCAUCCUGUAACUGGUGGACCAUCGAAACCUAGUACAAGUGUUGCUGAAAGUGGUUAUCAAGAUCGUGUUUUCUAGCAUAUUCAAAUUGUUAACUACUUUCUUCUUCUUUUUUUUAAAACAGAUUCAAAACGUCAAAUUUUUCUAAUGAUCUUAAUGCCGAGCAUUUCAAGUUAUAUUUAUAUAUAUAUAUAGUAAUGUAAGUUAGAUUAUUGUCAGUUAAUUUAUAAAAUUUACUAUUAUUGAACUGAAAGUGAAAUCUUGAAUAUCUUCCAUAUAAAAACUGAAACCCGACAUAAGAUUUCAAAAUACAUUGUUCAUUAAUUUUGUAUAUAAACUUUUUGCUGUUUAAAAUGUAAGUUAGAUAUUUUUUUGUAUAUUUCUGCGCUGUGUGCUAUUUAUAUUAUUAUUAGGAUUAUUAUUACUAUUAUUAUUGUAUUAUUAUUAUUAUUAUUAUAAAUAUUACACUUGUUGAAAUUUGCACUUGAAA